UGAUCCCGACUGAUGUUGAGUCUUCUGCAGUGCACUUAACUCCAUGUGGACUUCAACGUGACCGGUUUUUAUUUCGAUUGAUAAUUUCCCCCGGCCCAAAAUGUGGAAAACAGAUAAAAAGUACAAUUGGAAAGCACGUCAAGUUAAAGAAACUCUCAUAGAUAAUGCAGAAACAUCAAAGAUCAAGGUGGAGACUGAAGGGCUCAGGAACGAAAAGUUUGAUGUCUCUAAUCCUUUAGUGUUACCUUCUCAAAAACGCAAAACACAACUAAAAAAACAGCAGGGCACUGUUACCAAAAUAUUGUCUAGGAAGCAAAGAAAAAGGCUCGAGAAGAUUGUUGAUAAGAAGAAGAAAAAGGAGAAUAGAUCUGAGCUACUUCAGACACUCUCAGAAUUCCAAGCUAAACCCGAAGUUUUAAAAGAGCUGACAUCAAUCGCCGCAUUACAAACUAAGGGUUUAAAGCGUAUUUUUCAAGAGCAGGAAGAUGGUUCUUCAAUUUCUAAAAAGAAAGCCAGGAAUGUUGACCACAAUAUUGAUGAACAGUCUGGGAGCUAUCUAAAUAGCCUCUCAGGCAGUAAAAAAAGGAAAGCUCUCCUCAAAGCUGGCCUAUGGAAACAAGAUGAUCCAAGACAAGAAAGUAAAAGUUCCAAUGUUGUUGGAUUUGAGUCUUCUAGUGAUGAUUCUAGUGAGGAGGAGCAGGAGGAAGAUGAAGAGAAUGAGGAUAAUGACAACUCUGAUAGCCAAUCAGAUGAAAAUGAUGUGGAUAACACAGACAAUAAUGACAUAUCUGAAAACCAAAUAAUUGAUCAAGAUAUGUCAGAAGAUGAGAAGGAGACAGAGGAUUUAAAAAUACAUAAUCAGGAAAAGAUGCCUCUUUCUGAUACCUCUAGCCGAAUGGAGGUUUCAGCCGUUAGUGUAGAGGAUAAGAGCUCUCCUAAAAAGAAGAUGCCUGAUUCUAAUUUAAAAAGUCCUUCAUCCAAAACUAAUGGUAUGGCACCUAAAUUCAAAACAUUACCACCUAGGCCAGCUGUUUAUGUCCCCGUGAAUAGAAAGCCUGAUAUUCAAGAAGCUAGAAUGAAACUUCCAGUUCUUGCUGAGGAACAGGCUAUUAUGGAAGCAAUUGCUGAUAACCCAGUUGUUAUAAUUGCUGGUGAAACUGGAAGUGGAAAGACUACCCAAGUGCCUCAAUUUUUGUUUGAAGCUGGCUACGCCAAGGAUGGUAAAAUUAUCGGUAUUACUGAGCCCCGUCGAGUAGCAGCCAUAUCUAUGUCUAAAAGAAUUGCUGAAGAAAUGAACUUGACGUCAAAAGAAGUCUCCUAUCUUAUCAGAUUUGAAGGAAAUGUCACAGAUAGUACCAAAAUUAAAUUUAUGACUGAUGGUGUUUUACUAAAGGAAAUUCAAACUGACUUCCUUUUAACUAAAUAUUCUGUCAUAGUUUUGGAUGAGGCUCAUGAAAGAAGUGUUUACACUGAUAUUUUAAUUGGACUGCUGUCACGAAUUGUGCCACUGAGACUCAAAAGGGGUAGCCCUCUUAAACUUAUUAUUAUGUCUGCAACUUUACGUUUGGAAGAUUUUGUUGAGAAUGCUCGCCUGUUCAGAUCAACUCCUCCUGUCAUCAAGGUUGACACUAGGCAGUUUCCGGUGACCAUUCAUUUCAACAAACGUACCAAUCCUGACUUUUGUUUAGAAGCUUUUAGAAAAACAUGUAAAAUACAUGCACAGCUACCAGAUGGUGGAAUCCUGAUUUUCCUAACAGGUCAACGUGAGGUAAAUAAUCUUGUACGCAAGCUAAGAACAGCAUUUCCAGUAAGAAAAAAGAAACUUCAGAAGAUCCUUAGUGAAAAACCUAAUAAAAAGAAGUCUGGAAAAAAUGUCGAUGGGUCUGAGGAGGAAAAUGAGGAUGAAAUGAACAUUGAAAGAGCAAUUCAGAAAGCCAGACAACAUUCUAAAAAGAAAAAGGCAGAAAGAGCCCUUCCAGAUAUUAAUUUGGAUGAGUAUGCAGUGAUGCCUAAUGAUGACACAGAGACCGAUUUAUUUGGUGGAGAGGAAUAUGGAAUUUCUGAUGAUGAUGCUGAUGGAUAUGAUGAUAUUGCUUUGUUGAAGAGUGCCACAUCUCAACCUUUGUGGGUUCUUCCUCUCUACUCAAUUUUACCUAGUCAUGAACAGGCAAAGGUUUUCCAACCACCACCCGAGGGAUGUCGACUUUGCAUUGUUGCUACAAAUGUUGCUGAGACGUCACUGACCAUACCUGGUGUCAAAUAUGUUGUGGACUGUGGCAAGUGGAAGUCAAGGAUGUAUGAUAAAGUAACCGGUAUUUCAUCAUUUGAUGUUGAGUGGUGUAGCAAAGCAUCUGCAAAUCAGAGAGCUGGUCGUGCUGGCCGUACGGGGCCUGGUCAUUGCUACAGAUUGUACUCCUCAGCCGUUUUUAAUGACACUUUUCCACUUUACACCACUCCUGAAAUUCAAAGGAAACCUGUCGAUGACUUGGUUCUUCAGAUGAAAUCAAUGAGUAUUCACAAAGUAAUUAACUUUCCUUUCCCAUCUGCCCCUGAUCUCAUGCAGAUCAAGAUUGCUGAGCGUCGCUUAAGGCUUUUAGGUGCCUUAACAGCACCACCCCCAGGAAAAGAAGAUGACUAUUCUGGAAAGCUGACAAGUUUAGGACAAGCAAUUUCAGCCUUCCCAGUAUCUCCCAGAUUUGGUAAAAUGCUUGCUUUAAGUCACCAGCAUGAUCUCCUAGCACUAACAGUUUGCCUAGUUGCUGCAUUGUCGGUUCAAGAAGUUUUACUGGAAGUUGCUGUGGGUGAUGAAGUUGCUGCUAAUAGUGCCAAACAACAAUGGAAUUUAACACGCCGUAAAUGGGCUGGUGCAAGCAACUCAAAACUGCUAGGAGAUCCAAUGGUGUUGUUACGUGCUGUUGGUGCAGCAGAGUAUGCAGCUGUCCAAGGAAACUUGCUUGAUUUCUGCACCAAAAAUGGCCUUAGGCACAAAGCUAUAGUUGAAAUUCGCAAAUUACGAGUCCAACUAACAAAUGAGGUGAACCUCAAUGUUACUAAUCUCAACCUUAGUGUGGAUCCAAAUAUGUCACCUCCAUCAGAUAUGCAAGCAAAACUACUUCGUCAGGUCAUGUUAAGUGGUCUUGUUGAUCAAGUAGCCAAAAGGGUUGAUCCAGAAGAAUUAAAAGAAGGGGAGGACAAGCGUAAAUGGAAACAUGCCUACCAAAUCCCAGAAAUGGAGAGUCCAGUUUUUAUGCACUCAUCAUCUGUUCUACGUAAAGAGAUACCUGAAUGGGUUGUUUAUCAAGAAAUUUAUGAAACUAACAAAACAUACAUGAGAGGUGUAACUGCUAUUGAGCCAGAGUGGUUACCAGUCUUUGCACCAGGUUUAUGUAACAUUUCUGAGCCUAAGAUGGAUCCACCUCCUAGAUAUGAUGCAGAGUCAGAUAGGCUUCUUUGUCAUGUUUCAUCUACAUUUGGAAGAUCAGGAUGGCCUCUGCCUGUCAUGGAGUUAGAUUUUCCUUCAAACCUUGACCGGUACAAGUGGUUUGCAAGAUUCCUACUUGAGGGAUCUGUCUUUCCAAAACUAGGCCAGUUUGCUAAAGUUCUUUUGUCAACACCCAGCACCAUGGUCAAAACAUGGGCAAAUUUACAGCCUCGCACAGAAGUGUUCUUGAAAUCUCUUGUGGCUAAGGAACUGGAUUCUGCCAGUAAACUACGCAGUGUUUGGAAAAAAGAACCAAACUAUCUUCUAGAUGCAUAUAAGAAGUGGCUCCCAGAAUCUGCCCACCCUAAAGCCAUUGCCAUGUGGCCACCCUUGUAAACUUAAAUUUAAGUUAAUCUUACGUUAUGGGCACUAUUGGCCAAAGAGCUGUGAUUAAAUUAGAAAUAAUGAUACAAUCGAUCCAUAUUUGUUUAAUCAAAUAAAUGAAAUUAAUUUUA